UGUUCAGGGGGAAAAAACUAAGUUUCUGUUGUGCUGUGGCAGUAGCAGAUCAAAAUUCAGGUCGUCUAUUCGAAACGACAUAAAACAACGCAGUGUCUUUGGUUAUUUUGUCUUUAGUGAAAUAAUAUAGGCCUAUAGGCACGACUUUGUAUUAGCUGAAUAAACCACGCCAGGAGCGGAUGCACUCUCAGAUAGUCUCAGUAUAGUUUGCUGCUUUUCAUCCUCAUCAUCAUCCUCAAGUGCCAACAAAUCUAUACAUCAUGAUUGCGACACGAAACAACACAGCCAGUGCUGCUCCGAACAAUAAGGUGAAAUACUCCAAGCUGGCAGAUAGUGAUGAAGGCUACAUUGAUCUACAGUUCAAGAAAACCCCACCUAAAGUCCCCUACAAGGCCAUUGCCCUGGCAACAUUCCUAUUUCUGAUUGGCUCUGUAUUGAUAAUUAUUGGAUCACUUCUUUUGGCGGGAUACAUUAAUGUCACGCACCCAGAUCGCACAAUUCCAGUCCUCAUCAUCGGCGUACUGAUCUUUCUUCCUGGAUUCUAUCAUUUGCGGAUCGCUUAUUAUGCUUCCAAGGGUUACCGUGGUUAUUCUUACGAUGACAUCCCAGACUUUGAUAACUAAACGGAUCUAGUCAUACUAAAUGCUGUUACUUCUGUGUGUUUUUCUGCUGCUGUUAUGCAUGAUUUGCCUUCAGACAUUCAUUGACUAUAAGUCUCUCUAGGAGAGAAACCGUGGCACACAGUGGCUUGGCUGAGCUUUAUUGAGCUGAAUAUCUUUAUUUUACCAAAAGAAAAAAAUGAAGUGCAAUAUUAAGAGUAUUUAUUUAGCUAAAUACGUAAAAGGCCAACAAGAAAUAUGCUGAUAUUUUCCUAGCUUUUGUACAACUGUUUAAAGAAGUAUAAUUUUAAAAACUAGAAAUGUAUGUUUCCUGUAAUGGAGAAUCUGUUAUUUACUGUAUAUACACUAUCAGUGAAACGGUUGGACACAAUUUAUAUUUUAAAUGAGAUAAUUUUGUACACAAAUGUAAAUUGAUAAAAAUAUACACAUUUUCUUUUUCUUUU